GAUGUUGAAUGAGCAAAGAAGGACGGGGAGACGAUUCUCCGGCGAAUCCAUAUUGAUCUUCCAUAUUCUAGAUUAGGGCAGAAGAAGAAGAAACUUAGAGACCGAUCUCUCUCUUCUACAUACCAAAUCAGACGCGACUUUCUUCAAUCAUAUAGAUGAUACACAAAUACAAAUCGAUACAUAUACGUAAAUAAUCGAUUUCAGGUACAAAGAAAACAAAAAAAAACAACUGUUUUCAGGUUACAUGGAUAAUAUAUUGAGCAGGAUUCGGAACUUGGAUGCAUAUCCUAAGAUCAACGAGGAUUUCUUUAGCCGUACAAUCUCCGGCGGCGUCAUUACCCUUGCUUCUUCCAUCGUCAUGCUCCUCCUUUUCUUCUCCGAGCUUAGAUUAUAUUUGCAUGCUGCCACAGAGACAAAACUAGUAGUGGACACCUCAAGAGGAGAAACUUUACGUAUUAAUUUCGAUGUCACAUUUCCAGCACUUGCGUGUUCUGUUCUCAGCCUUGAUGCCAUGGACAUCAGUGGAGAGCAACAUCUAGAUGUUAAACAUGAUAUAAUAAAGCAUAGACUUGAUGUUCAUGGCAAUGUGAUAGAAUCCAAGCCGGAUGGUAUUGGUGCUCCCAAGAUUGAGAAGCCUUUGCAAAGACAUGGGGGAAGGCUUGAACACAAUGAAACAUAUUGUGGUUCUUGUUUUGGUGCAGAAGUGUCAGAUGAUGAAUGUUGUAAUACCUGUGAAGAAGUACGUGAAGCAUAUCGAAAGAAAGGUUGGGCAGUGUCUAACCCAGACUUGUUAGAUCAGUGCAAACGAGAAGGUUUUCUGCAAAAGAUAAAGGAUGAAGAUGGUGAAGGAUGCAAUAUCUAUGGAUUCUUGGAGGUUAAUAAAGUGGCUGGAAACUUUCAUUUUGCUCCUGGGAAAAGUUUUCACCAAUCCGGUGUUCAUGUUCAUGAUCUGCUGACAUUUCAAAAGGAUACUUUUAAUAUAAGUCACACGAUCAAUAGAUUAUCCUUUGGAGAAUAUUUCCCUGGUGUUGUGAACCCACUUGAUAGAGUAAACUGGAUACAAGAAACACCUAGCGGAAUGUACCAAUACUUCAUAAAGGUGGUACCUACAGUUUACAAAGAUGUCAAUGGCCAAACUAUCCAAACAAAUCAGUUCUCCGUGACUGAACAUUUUAUAGGUGCCGAAGCAGGACGCACUAUGUCACUUCCUGGAGUUUUCUUUUUUUAUGAUCUUUCACCAAUUAAGGUGACAUUUACUGAGCAGCACAUUUCAUUUCUACACUUCCUGACAAAUGUUUGUGCUAUAGUCGGAGGCGUGUUCACUAUUUCAGGAAUAUUGGAUUCAUUUGUAUAUCAUGGUCAAAAAGCAAUAAAGAAAAAGAUGGAAAUUGGUAAAUUUAGCUGAUGUUAUGUCAUCCCACUUUAGUCUCUAGCUGAUUUCCUGCGAUUAUGGCUUUUCUGACUUGAUUGGUUCUCAAACUGACGGACCUUCAUGUUAGAUUUGCUUCGUCGAGACGAUCGCCAUCAUAUAUACAUAUGUCCGACCACCACCUGUAACAUUAAUUUUAAUUAAUGCAAUCGUGUUGUGUCCUUAUGUUGUUGUUAAGUUGCUUUAGUAUUAUUGACUAUUGCAUUUUGGAUAUUAGCUUUGAUUCGGAAAAUAAAUUUUACUUUCUUUGUAAUGAAUGUCACAAUUACAGGAUGAGUUUGGUUAGUUUCAUA